AUGUCUACAAACAAUGAAACCUUCCAUAAUGUUUCACCUUUUCUUGUUGAAAAGGCCAUCACUGGAACACUUGGUACUGUAUCAUCGACCCGGAAACUACGAUCUGGUGAUUUGCUUGUGGAAGUGAGUUCCCGAAAGCAAUCGCAACAAAUACUGAAACUGAAAACAUUGGGAACAAUAUCUGUAAGCGUAAGUGCUCACGCUACAUUAAAUUCUUCAAAAGGUGUAAUAACGUGUGGCGAGUUGUUUAAUGAUUCCAUUGAAAAAAUUACUGCAGAACUGAAACCAGAAGGAGUAACUCAUGUACGCCGUAUAACUAUCCGACGGGAUGGUCAACUCCUUCCUACUAAGCACUUCAUUCUCACGUUUAACAAUCCUAAAUUACCUGAAUCCGUGAAAGUCGGCUAUAUGAAAUUGCCUGUUAGGACAUAUAUCCCAAACCCACUUCGAUGUUUCCAAUGCCAACGCUUUGGGCAUUCUAAAGCCAGCUGCCGCGGGACUCUCACCUGUGCCCGCUGUGAGAAAAAGGCCAUGACAACCAACAGUGUUCUGCACCGGAAAAGUGCGUGA